UCACAAGCUGGACAUGUUCUGCUCAUAAAGGCAGCACGUAGUGCUGUGCAAGCACUGCUAUAACCCUACGGAAGUUUUCUACCAGCAAGCGGGCGGCUAUUGUACAGCGUGAGGAUUUCUUGCUGCUAACCGGUGUUUGGAGAGAAUGGGACGUAGCUACUCAAAACCAGUUACACCAGCGCCCAUUUCCACUACUGUCACUGUACAAACAACUGUACAGACACCUACUGCAGCCCUGCCAGGUUCAGAAGGCGAAUCCUUGUUUGAUAACCCUGAAAUAUUCUACUUAGCACUAGCCUUUAUCUCUGGCAUCCUGUCAACUCUUCUGGUGGUUGCAGUCAUCUACCUCAUCAGAAAAAGGUAUAAGAGAUCCCAGCAAAAUCUACAAGAACAGGUUCCUUCCAAGGCACCGUGUGAGGAAUCUGCUGAAAACACCCAGAAUGAGGUCUCUUACGCCUCUGUGGUCAUCAAGCCCCGACCGAAAGCAGCACCUGUUUGACAGUGGAACUUUGCCAUGAGAGCACCUGCACUUUCUGCAUGUUGGAUGCCAUGGGAUUGUUGCACGGAGGACUGUAGUGGCUGCAGUACAUAACAUCAGCAGAAGUCAUAGCUGGGAGGAGAAAACAGCAUCUCCUGUUCUACAACUCUUGCCAACACUGAGGACAAGUUGCUUUCUCUACCGCCUUCCCUCAUCCGUAGAGCAAUCCUGGUGACAACCUGUUGCACAGUUUCCGUGUGGGUUUCUGCCAUUGCUUGGAACUGCUGAAGAGAACUGAGAAACAGAAGUGUUUCUCUGCACCUGUUCACAUCUGUGCCCUUAUUUCCCUGUUCAGUCUCUGGCUGCAGCGUUUUUGAUAAGAGCGCCCGAUGCUUUGGUUAAAUUGCUGAACUAUAUUAUGAUGAACCACUGCGGGGCAGCACCGAGCAGCUGCUGCUGGAAGGAAUCGGUUCCAUCUACCGGCAGCGAUCGCAUCUCCAAGUUGUGAUGUACUCAUUCAGUGACUUCCUUUGCCCAGCUGCUUCAUUAAGGGUGGGACCACGUAACAGGGUGGGUUUGGGCAGCAGCAAGGAUUACAUCAGAUAAUGAACUAAGGUCUCUGAUCGUUGUUAAAGGAGCAGGCACUGGCUUUUAUGUAGUUUAUAGAGCUACAUAACAGAAGGAUGAACUCCCCUUUGAUUGUUUUCCCAGACCACUUUUACUAUGCAAAGAUGAAGAAAAAAGAGCCUUGCCUUGAAUUGCCUCUGUUCAGCUUAAGCCGUGUUCCCUGAAACCAAACUGUGCUAUAGCAUCUACUCUGCAGCUUCUGAGCUGUUGGGACUCCUGCUAAAACAAAGCAGGGAUUUAUUGUAACACUUUGACUUUGCAUAAAGUCCAUUUAAUAUUUAUUA